UCAAGAAAUUGGUCGGACAGGGAGACGAGAGUUUUGAUAAGCGUUAUGAAACAGCACAAGAUAAUUGACAGACUUGAUGGAAGAAAAUUCAAAAACGACGAGCUGUUCAAAAAAGUCAAUGAGACUUUGAAAGAAUUGAACAUUGUCAGGUCCGUCAGUCAAAUUCAGAAUCGAUGGAAGUCCCUGAAAGCAAAUUACUAUAAGGCGAAGGGUGACACCAGUCGGUCGGGAGCUUCUCCGGCAAAGUUUGUUUUCUUUGAGGCGAUGGCAGAUCUGCUGGGAGGACGUCCGCUCUCCAAUGUUGAGGGGGUCGAUGUGGGGAUGGAAGAAGACGAGGAGGAGGUUAAUGUCGAAUUAUCUGAUAAGGAGCUCAGCAGCGCUGAUGAAGAGCUGGAUGGACAAGAGAACUCUGUGGACAACUUGGAGAGCAGCAUUGAAGAAGAGAACUCUAUUGAUCACAGCCUUUCAGGCACUGCAAAAAAAAGAGCAAAACCAAAGACGGCUUCUGGCUACCAAAGAGCCCUGCAAAAUUGGUCUGCUGAACAACGGGAAUUUUUAGAGGCUAUGCAGAAGAGUCAUCUUGAGAAGGUGGAGGUGCAACAACAAAACGCAAGGGAGCACGAGGAAAGGAUGUUUAUGUCGUUUAUGGAGGAGAACACCAGGUCCAAUGAAAGACUUCUCACCCACCUCUUUGAAGGGUUGAGGGGAAUGCUGUCCCACCCUGCCCAGGGAGCCACACAUCCCCACCAUCAUCCCCACCCUCAUCCUCACCCUCAUCCCCACCUAUAUCCAUACCCAAUGAUGCCCCACCCACACCCACCUCUCCCCACAGCCACCCCUCAAAAUGCAUACCUGCGGGCACAAACGCCUGACUUUGUGCUACAUGACCUGGAUGUGGACAAUUAACCAUAAAUUCAUAAUUAUUUAUUGUAAACUUAUUUAUUGCCUAUUUAUUGUUUAUUAUUUUCUCCCAAUGCUUUUGCAGAAACCACAGCAUGUUAUGCAAUUCUAUGAAAAAGGAUAGAAACUGACACAUGUUUUGUGAAAUAAUAAUUAUAAUUUAAUAAGCUAUUUGCUAU